UACAGCUUGAUCAUGAAACAAGGACUUGAAAUCCUCAAGGCUGUGGCACAAGCCUGGCAGAGCCACUCCGGCAGCUCUAGGCCCAUGUCGGAAUUCGACGCCCGCCGGAGAAACUACCAGGGCAGGUUACCGUCACGGUUCAAGCUCGAAGCGAUGAGAAAGGCAGCAACAUCUUCAGCUAGUGACGGUGGUAAUAAUGCAAAAUGGGACUUUGGGCAGUCACUGUGGGAUGAUUAUGAGAUUGUGGCAGUGUCCAAAAGGUUAGAGUCAGGGUUAGUGCUUGAUGGUGAGCUAGAGGGUUGUUCGGAUAGAGUCCAUCGGAGGCGUAGAGAGAGCAAGAACAGCCUUAGGAGUUUGUUUGAUAGAAUGUCUUCAAGGAGAUAUACCGAGGCUGAUAUACCACACACUGAUGACACUUAAUUCUGCUACUUAAUUAGUUUUCUGGGUUUUGCAGCCUUAUUGCUCUAUCUUGUUAAUGUGUGAGUCAUUUCUUGGGUUCGUUAUGCGCACAUAACUAUUGACACUUGAGUUACACAACAAGGGAAGAAAAGUAUGAAUUUGUCCAUGCAUAGUCUUUCUGUUUGAAGCAACGUUCAGCUUCUUGUGCUAUUCUGCAGAUAAAAUUCUUGUAUCAACAUUUCA